UAGGAAAUCCGCGAGGACGCCCUCUCUUCCAUCUUCAGUCUGCCGCUCUCCUCCUAUCCACCACCGCCGUCCCGCGCGACCUGCCCACAACACUCGCCGGCCAUGCCGCCGCCACUCUCCUUCCUCCACAUCCCUCCCAACCCGCCGGUGCUCCACCCAUCCCCCUUCCUCCCCCGCUCCCACCACCGCCUCUCCCUCCGCACCGACCCCCCACUCCGAGCGGCGGUGGCGGCGGCGGCGGCCGAGAACCCGUUCGCUGCGGCGCCCACUGCACCGGACGUCGAGAUGUUCCGCGGCGGGGACGGCGUGUGGACGGCGCGGACCCCUACGGUGGUGGUGCUGUGGGACCUCGACAACAAGCCCCCGCGCGGGCCGCCGUUCGAGGCGGCCACGUCCCUCCGCGAGGCGGCCUCCCUCCUCGGCCGCGUCGACUCCAUCUCCGCCUUCGCCAACCGCCACGCCUUCACCCACCUCCCCGCCUGGGUCUCCGCCGACCGGCGCGACCGGCGCGCCCUCGACCGCGCCGAGCGCGCGGGAGUCGUCGCCCCGCCGAUCCCCUACUCGUGCGCCGUCUGCGGCCGCCGCUUCCCCACCCGCCCCGACCUCACCCGCCACUUCCGCCAGCUCCACGAGCGCGAGCGCAACAAGAAGCUCGGCCGCCUCCGCUCCCUCAAGGGCAAGAAGCGCCAGAAGUUCCACGAGCGGUACAUCUCCGGCAACACCAAGUACCAGGACGCCGCGCGGGAGCUCCUCACCCCCAAGGCCGGCUACGGGCUCGAUUCCGAGCUCCGACGCGCCGGCGUGCACGUCCGCACCGUCCCCGACAAGCCGCAGGCUGCCGACCAGGCUCUCAAGCGGCAGGUCAAGCACGCGAUUGCCUGCGGCGUCGACUGCGUCGUGCUCGUCUCAGAUGAUUCCGACUUCACUGACACGGUGCGCAACGCACGCGCUGCCGCCCUGAGGAUGGUUGUGGUCGGGGACGGGUGCCGCGCGCUCGGGAAGGUUGCUGACAUUUGGCUGCCUUGGGACAGCGUGCAGAAUGGGGAGGUUGAUGAGGAGAUGAUGCGGAGUGGGAGGGUUCCGGAAUUUAGAUAUGAAGAGGACGAUGAGCAAGAUGACGAUGAGUUCCUAGUGGAUUGGGAUAGGAAUGAAUUGGAUGAUGUUGUAGAUGACAUUGUUACAACAAGGACCAAAAUGUUUGGGGCUACAACAGUGUCUGCAUUUGCUGAAGAGGACAUUGUUGAUGGUAUAUUGGGGCGUCGAUUGAAGGAGGAUGACAUGCUUUGGAGUAGUGACGACGAGGAUGAUGAUGAUGGUUAUUUGUGAGAUCCACAUGGACUGGCAGAAGAUCACAGCAAACAAGCAUCAAGAAAGCUAUGCUACAGUAUACCACUAUGAGAACAUCUCACACAGCAUUUCUUGUCCUCAUCAUCCUCCCGUACCUUGGCACCGGCGGUGCCCAGAGCAAGUUCACCUCCAUCAUCAGCUUCGGUG